AUCAAGAAUUACGAUUUGGAACGCAGCUAGUGCUAUUAUUAACCUAUAAAAUUUUUAAAAAUACUUGCAAACACGUGGUUGCUUGAGAACUAUGGAAAUAAUCAUUGUCUUAACGUAAAUACAAUGAAUAUGUGAAAAUGGAAAAAAAAUUUGCAUGUAGUUUUGAAAACUGUAAAGCUUCGUUCCCAAAGAAAAGCAAAUUAGUAGUUCAUGAACGUGUUCAUACUAACGAGAGGCCUUUUGUUUGUGAUAAUUGUGGAAAAGCGUACAUAAGUAAUUCACAUUUAAAACGACAUAUCAAUACUACCCAUUCUGAAGUAAGACCAACAUAUAAAUGUUCAAUAUGUAUGUUAAAUUUACGAAGCUUAACAAAUCUUAGAAAACAUCAGGCUAGAUUACAUGUAAAUGGUCGAAAAUACCAGUAUGAAUGUGACGAAUGUCAGCAAGGGUUUUAUAAGAAAAGUCAAUUAAAUGCCCAUAUAUUUUCACAUACUCAGAAAGCACCAUACACAUGUUCACAUUGCUCAGAAGGCUUUUUAAAUCGUGCCUCAUUAAAAAAACAUGAGAAAAAAAGUCACACUGAGUAUCCAUGUUCCGUAUGUGAUGAAAAAUUUAAUCGUUGGACAGAUUUGUUACUACAUAAAAAAGUAAAUCACAAAAAAGUGACCACUAAAGAGUUUAAAUGUGAAAAAUGUGUGAAAGCAUUUAGCAAACAAGAACAUUUAACUGCUCAUGAAGAAACCCAUAAAGAUAUAAGAACAUUUUUCACUUGUCCCGAAGAAAAUUGCGAACGUGAGUAUUUGUACAAGCGUAAUUUAGUUCAACAUAUAAAAAUAGCCCACGAGAAAAAAGUGUACAAAUGUGAAUUUCCAAACUGUGAAAAAAUCUUACAACAUAAGAAAACUUUUAUUCACCAUAUGAAUUUACAUAAUAAACCAUUAAAUAGUACAGAGAAAAUAAAAACAAAACAACGAGCCAAACGGAAAGAUGCUGGAGUACCGAAAUAUAGCGCAAUUAUGCAAUUAAGUGGUUUAGUUGGAACAGUUUCCAAACCUGUGGAAGAAGAGAUUCUUAAUGAUAGUAAUAUUACGAUCAAUAAAUUAAUAGAAAUUAUUAGUACUUAAAUAAAUUAAUAGAAAAU